UGCAAGUUACGUAUCCUUCACAAGCGGAGAGACAGUGUACCACUCAUCCCAGAAGGACAUGAUCACCUCUACUGCCCUCUCCAGUGGAACCCAGAAGUUCACCUUGCAUAUGAAGAGUGUUACAAAAGACACUGUAUGGACCUUCGCUAUCGACAUUCCUGCACCUGCUAUACUGGACUCUAAGACCACCACAAAGUUUGAUGAGACAAUGAAUGUGGAUGUGUUGGAUGUCUCGGUGACACACGGGAGUGGACCAGCUGACACAGACGUUAACUUACUGUGCUCGGUGACAGGAUCUCAACACGACCCGACCUUCCUAUGGACUGUUGACGGAGUGGCUCAAUCCAACACUGACGACACUGAGUCUACCUUCAACACAGCCACCGGAGCUAAGACCUCCACUUGGAAGGCAGGAAAACUCUCAAAAGACACCGCUUACCAGUGUAUUGUAGCCUGGGGCGGACCUGCUGUGUACACACUAAAUACAUAUUACGAUGUGUUCACCAUGAAGAUGGAUGACGCUUACAUCAUCACCACCCACACCAAGACUAUCACCUGUCACCUGGACGGUGCUAAAAUGGAAACUCUCAAGGAACUGCAGUGGUUCGAGGAGACCACUGAGUUGGGAGCCACUUCCUUUACGAACACCUUCGGAGCCAGCAAGAGCACAUCAGUCGUCACUUCUACCAUAACCUUAGACAAGAACUACAAAUGCAAGGUCGCUGGAGAGUCCGUGACCAAGAAAAUAGACCUGUACACUGUAUCUUGUACCACUGGGGUUGCAGCCUCUGGACAGAAGGCAACUGUUGUGUGUACUCUAAACGGGCUCACCGUCAGACCUGAGAUCACCUGGGACCUGGCAAGUGGAACCUACAAGUCUGAGAUAAAUGAUAAUGAUAAAGCACAGGGUGUUAUCUUGAUAACACUGGAGAUAACAGCUCUGACUAAAGAUGAGGCCCCUAAACUCUCCAUAUUGUCACCAGAUGGGAACACUCAACAUGUUACACUACAUGCUUAUGUUACUGCACUGACCGCCUCCUCUACGACGGUAAAUUACGGAGACAAUGCAAAGUUGACUUGCAUCCUCAAAGGAUCAAGUGCAGUACCUACCAUCACUUUCAAAGAUGGAAAUACGGUCUUAGCAGACGUUGCGGUAAGUUUUGAAUCAUGGUUUUUUUUUUUGGGAAAAUACAUAACAUUCUUAAUCCGUAUACAAAUCAGUUGUUUAACGCCGAAAAAGAGUAGUAACUGUAAGGACUAGGGAGAUCUAUGAGUAAAACUUUUUUUAAUUCUUCCAACUUUAGUACCAGGAACUCU